UGGGCGGGUUUCAAAAACGUGACUCAGCGUAAGAAGUUUUUGCAAAGUUUAAUCAAUCCACUUUUUUUGUUAAAUUUAAUAUUCUGCAGCAAAAAGCACUUUUGUAUUUUUGAUAGACUGCGUUAAAGACUUUAAAAAUGAAGGUUUUAGUCGCUGUAGACCCAAGUAACAUCGCUGAAGGCGCAUUUGAUUGGUACAUCAAGAAUGUCCAUCAACCAGAUAAUGAAAUAGUCGUUUGCCAUCAAGCAGAACAACCAAAGCUCCCAACAUUAGGACAUGGGGGAGCCUUCCCAGCUGAGGAGAUUGCUCGAAUAAUGACCGAACACAACAAAACUUUAGCCGAUCUUGAGAAUCAAUACACCAUGAAGUCUAAGCAGGCCAAAAAAUCCAAAGUAGUCGUUGAAACAACUGAAGGAAAGCCGGGACAAGCGAUUGUCAAGCUUGCCGAGAAGUCUCAGGUUGACCUGAUUGUGAUGGGAACACGCGGUCAAGGCGCGAUUCGACGCACGAUUCUGGGUUCCGUUAGCGAUUAUGUUUUGCAUCAUACUAAGAUUCCAGUCCUUAUUUGCCACGGUUAAUUCUAACAUCCAAUCUUGGACUGUGAGAGAAAUACGAAGUGUAAUUAAUGCUUAUGUUAAAGUUUAAAUUUAAUUUCAGUGAUUCAGUAACAUGAUGCCAAACUUUUUUUGUGAACUAACUUGUUCCACUACUAUAAUACAUUGUGGUUGUGAGUUUCUGGUUAACACUUUACGACCCAUGACCAUAUACUGCUAAGCUAACAAACUAAUCUUUGCUAAUAUUGAUUCUAAGGAGCCAAACGCAAACAUGAAAGUAGUGUGUAUGAUGUAGUAGUGCUUCUAAAAUUGAUUUCGUGCUUAAUGUUUUAGUUCUAAGUGCUUUUGUAAAUUUUGUAACGAAAUUUGAAACUAGCAUUGUGAUUAUUAUUUGUGAUGCUAAAAAUAUUAACAAAUUUGGUGUCAAAUUCUUCAAAUUUAGUUGAAACAUAAUGUGGUGUAGCAGAAUAAUUUGUGUGUAGUCUCAUUUUAGCUUUACUAAUGUCAUUGGUGUUUUAACAAUCUGUUUUAUGUACCAAUUCUUUGCAAUUCACACACUAACGAAUAUAUUAAUGCCGUUUUAAUAAAAGCGCUUAAUUAGUGC